AUGCCCAGGCUCAUAGGAGACGACCACAUCAACAACGGGGAGGGCGUAACACCAGUGGUCAUUCAUGGCGAUCUCUGGUCUGGCAAUGCAUCAGUGAUCAAAUCGCGCGGCAUCAGCGAGCCGGAGGACAUCAUUUUCGUCUCUUCAGCUUGCUACGCACAGUCAGAAUUCGAGUUAGGCAUCAUGAAGAUGUUCGGCGGUUUCGGUGGAGGGUUCCUGAAAGAGUACCACUCCCUGGUGCCGAAGACAGAGCCGGUUGAUGAGUAUGAGGAUCGAGUGGCGUUAUACGAACUGUAG